GAUGCCAUGCUGACAUCAUGCUUCCUGACAAUUGCACCAACUCCAUCUUCACCUUCCUGGUGACUGGCAUCCCUGGGCUGGAGGCUGCACACAUCUGGAUCUCCAUACCCUUCUGUGCCAUGUUCUUCAUUACCUUGGUGGGCAACAUGACCAUCAUGACAGUUAUCUGGAGAGAGCAGACCCUCCAUAUGCCUGUGUACCUCUUCCUGGCCAUGCUAGCCGCCUCUGAUCUGGGUCUGUCCCUCUUCACCUUCUCCACAAUGCUGAGGAUCCUCUGGCUGGAUGCUCGAGAGCUGACCUUUUCUGCUUGCUUUACCCAAAUGUUCUUUAUCCACACCUUCCAGGAUUUUGAGUCAGCCAUCAUAUUGGCAAUGGCCUUUGACCGUUAUGUGGCCAUUUCUUGUCCAUUGCACUAUUCUUCCAUUCUCACCAAUAGAGUGAUUGCCUGGAUAGGUUUGGCUAUUGUGUUGCGAACCUUCACUGUACAAGUGCCCCUCCCCAUCCUCUUGAGGAGGUUGUGCUUCUGUCGCUCCAAUGUACUUUCUCAUUCCUAUUGUUUGCAUCCUGACAUCUUAAAACACUCCUGCUCCAACACUAGGAUCAAUAGCAUCUUUGGACUGUUUGUAGUGUUGUCCACUAUGGGACUUGAUUUUCUCUUUAUUCUUCUUUCUUACAUAUUGAUACUAAAAACUGUAUUAAGCAUUGCAUCUCAUGGUGGCCGCCUAAAGGCCCUCAACACAUGCAUCUCUCACAUCUCUGCUGUUACUGUCUUCUUCACGCCCAUGAUCUGUCUUUCUAUGCUGCAUCGCUUUGGCCCAAGACUUCCUUCACAUGUCUAUGCGACCAUGGCCAAUAUGCAUUUUCUCGUUCCUCCUGUGAUGAAUCCCAUCGUGUAUGUAGUGAAAACCAAACAGAUUCGAGACAAAAUUUUGAAACUUUUAAUCAAAAAAGGAACAGAAGAAUCCCAAGUAACAUUUAUAACAUAAAUAUUGCUAAAUGGAUAUAACACUAAAUGGUCACUAAUCCAACUCUCCUAUCUGAGAUUUUUUUUUACAUGUAUCUCUGUGUAGAUAUAGAGACAAAGAAGCAGUAGGUCCUACUAUAUUGUAUUUUUUGCAAAUUGCACUGGGUAUAGCAUUCUCUUUCAGCUAUAGAUAUUGUUGAAAGUUAUCAUGUAAAUUUUCUUUCUAAAAUUGCUUUUCAGCUCAGAUGCAUUUUUAAUCUCAAAACUUGUUUUACAAAAUGUGACUUGUGGUUUACUCUUCCAUUUUCUAAAAGACAAACCCUUAAUUAGGCUUUGCACCAUGUUGAUUCAUCAUCUAAAUUGAAUAACUUCCCAUUCAUUACAUCAAUAUUUAGAUGCAUUUAAUGUAUAAAAGAUAAUCUCUUCAUUGUCUUUCCAUAAUUCAUGCCAAAUAGGUUGCUACUUCUUAUAGAGCAACAUAGAUUGAAAUAGCAAUGGUGAGCAGGACAUACAUUCUUUCCUAGAUCAGUUGGAUGAAAUAGUUAGGAUCAUUGUUUUUUAUAAGAUCACUUUUAAAAGGUGAUUUUAAAAAAUGAUGAAGUUGCUGGUAUUGUUGACACUUGGAAUCAGACGACAAAAGAGUCAUUUCUAAAGUGCUUGUAAAGCCAAAUAAUUGUUUUCCAAUUGUACUUAGUCUCAUCUAUUAAUAAAGGUAGUAGUGACAUCCUUGACCUGCCCUUACAGAGAGGCUUUGAAUUUUGCAAUUGUAGAAAUAAAAUUUUUGACAACCAUGCAAAUCAAUAAAG